AUGUCUUCGUUGAUGCAGCCUGGCGACUUUCUCGCACACGAGCCCACUGCCAGAUUGAUGAGGGUGGUGGCAUCAGGACCAUGUGCUUUUUUGGCUUGGCAAGCACAGGCCACUGUACAAAAUGGCUUGACUGUGUAUUUGUGCAGUGCAGACAUUCGGUCAGUUGGGUGGGAACACAUAACUGAUUUCAAUGAGUGGCUUGUGGUUCCUACAAAGCCUGUUUUGGUCAACGAGAGCAGAGGGCCACUUGGCUGGGUGCGGUCUGGGGAUCCACAGACUUUGCCUUGUUCUCUGUGUCUCAGAGGGCUGAAACUGACCAAGUCUCAGUUGCUGCAGCUUAUCUCCAAGCUCGGAGGUGUGGCUACUGCCGCUGCAAGCAAACGACGGUUGCAGGAAAUCCUCAUCGGCAUUGCCUUGGUGUCGCUCGACGAACAGAAGCAGGCAAUGGACCAGUUGGGAGCGGUUGAGCAACAAGACAAUGACGAGAUCGAUUCGCAACUGUCAGAAAUUAUCUCUGAGUUAGACAAGGAAGAUGGCAACCAGCAAGAGUUGGCGGAGUACAAGAAGAAAAGGCAAGCUCAGAGGUGGAAGAGAAAACUGCACAGCGCAUCUGCUGACGACGACGAACCUCGAGAUUCAGCUUUGCCAUGUCUGCCGCCAUCCGCCUCGUCAUCUGCAAAUCCAGCAGUUGCUUCAGAAGAUGCUGUGGCAUUAUCUUCCGACGGGGUGCCAGCUGCAGCUGCCUCCUCAAGAAAGGGCUUUGUGAAGAUACACAAAAGUCCUGAUGAACUGCUGGGCAAGCUGCAGCCUCCUGGAUUUUUCUUUGGUCUCAACAGCAAUGACCACAGGUGGACGUCUUCAUGCAAGCUUGAUUGCUCAAAACGGCUUCCAGUACCAUACAGCCAGAGGACGAUGACCAGGAGUUUUGGCCCCUCGACGUCUACGACGUGGGAAUCUGCAUUGAAGCAGGUCCAUUUCUGGAAUUGGACCAAAUGGGAGAAACUGCGGCAGGACCUCCCGCUUGAGAGAGGCCAGCAGCCUCAAACUCCAGGCGACAUCCCAGAUGAUGUGCUGAAAGAACUGGAGAAAAUUGUGGCCGAGCUCCCGGAACCGAAGAAGUAUUCACGGCACAAGUGA